AUGCAAAACAGGGUAGCUUUCAUCGAUUUUCUACAGGGCGUUCUCAAUUUAAACCCGAUUGAGAGGUGGUCUCCUCAGCAAGCAAAAUUGCAUCCAUUUAUAACAGGUGAAAAGUUUGUAGGCAAAUUUACGCCACCUAUGCAGCCCAAAUCUUCUAAAGUGAAUGAACGGACAGCGGCCUCUUCCGUCUCGAACGCAUCACAGUCAUCGACAAAACUACCGCCUGCUAGUUUCAAACAAUCAUCAACUUCCGGGAAUUCACGCAAUAAUAAGGGAAUGGGAAUUUCGAUUUCGGAUGCAUCGAAAGGAGGACUGCCUACGCAUAGGGAUGAUGCAUCAAUACUUUCACACAUUCUGUCUAAAUCUAGCACCAACUCAAAGCAAACGACAUUAACACCUAAAUCUGCUUCAUCUCAACGUCCUCGAGCGAGUACAAUUGGAAACAUACAAGUACCACCCCAGCUACAGAGAGCGGCUGCUUUAGCAUAUCCUGUACAUAGUGAUUCAUUCUCUGAAAGAUCAAAAGUUCUUAGAGAGAAAGAUGCUCGUCGAUUACCACAACAUUAUCCACAUUUACAGUAUGUUGAAGAGCACGAUCAGCAAGACAUUCCUCAAUUCUCAGUUGUUGUUGACAGCAAUGACUCACAUACAUCAGAUAAUUCCGAGACAGUUGGUAUUCGAAUACAGAAUGAAUCUCACAAGCGAAGUACAGGUCAUGUGAUAUCAGAUAAUAGGAGUAGUGGGAUUAUGCUUGGUGGUAUGUCAACCAUAGGCCAUACCAUUAAAGAUAAAAAUGAUUUGGGCGAUAUGUCUGGAUCUCCAGGGUUACCGUUGCAUUUACCACAUCAAUAUAAUCAAACCUCCCGACAACACCGACCUGAAAGUCCUCGAGAGAUAACUACUGGAUGGUCAUUAUCGUCAACUUCUCAUCGACCGCCCUUACCACAGCCACCACCUCCCAUACAUCACAGUUAUCAGCAGUCACAAAUCCAUCGACAUUCAUCACCGUUGCCCGUAGCAUCUACCAAUGCAAUAACAUCAAUAAUUAACCAUCAUCCUCCGCCGCCGCCGCCUCCCCCCCCAUCUCAACGUCAAUCUCACUACCAUAACUCAUCAUACGCUACAACUGAAUUGCCAUAUUACAAAAAUUCUGCUCACAAUUAUUCGGCAAAUAGCUCAUCAUUAUAUUCAAAUAAUCCUCAACAGACUACUCAUCAUCCUCUGCCUCUACCACCAGUUCAUCAACAACAGUCGGCUGUAGCAGGAAACUAUCAUCAAGGUCCAAUUCUUCCCUCUUCUCACGAACACUAUCAGUAUCAAUACGUUCAAUACCCUCCUCAAUAUAAUAAUGGCCACAGACAUCAUAGAAUAUCACCGUCUACUUCACCGUCAUAUCCGCCCUCGACAUCUCCUGGUAGUUACCAGGGCCCAGGUUCUCUGACACAAUCAACCUCAUCAUCAUCCCAAUCUGCGUCUUUUCUUCCGACUCACCAUCAAACUACCCACAAUACUCAUACAACAAUCCGACCUUCACCAAAUUCCUAUGCUGCAGUAGUGGAUACAAAUAAUUCAUCCAAUCAGCAUAGCCAUCACCAUAAACACCAAAUCAAUAACCAUGAACCACGAUAUAGUAAUCGAAGAGAGAUCAAUACGAUGCCAUAA